AUGGUCAACAAUGACCAGUACAAUGGCUCCCGCUGGCCAGACGAAUGGGACGAGUCCCAUGUCCAGCUUCUGCGAGCGAACGAUCCCCAAGAAAUCCAGCAAGAAUUGCCCACAACGUACUCCCCGCACCCGGCAUUCGAAGAUGCAGCACAUAUGGCCCAGUUUGCCUAUGCCGCCUACGUCCGGGAGGAGAAUCAGCGCAGAGUGUCUCAGUCUCAACCUGACGCAGAUGUUAGAGCGCCUACUCCGUUGGAGAGACCAGUAGACUCCCGAUUUCCUAACCUGCCCCCGUCUUAUGAGGAAGGGUGGCUCGGAUUGGAACGGCGCCGGCAAACUCUACCGCAGCCAGAGCAGCACAAGCAGCAGCAGUACCAACAGCACUAUCAACAGCCGCAGCAACACCUACAGUACCAGUCGCAAUAUCAGACGCAACAUCAGACGCAGUACGACUCACAGCAGCAGCGAUAUGACCAACGGCGACAGGAACAGGAACAGCAGCAAUCGCAACUACAGGAACUGCAACGGCAACAGGAAGAGCAUCAGAAGCAGCAGCAGCAACGGCGACAAAUCGAACAGGAGAAACGAAUACAAAAGCAAAAUAAGAGAGACCAACAGGAGCAGCAACUCCUGGAGCAGCAGCGACAGAACGAAGAGCAGCAGCGGCAGUGGCUUCAACAAGAACAAGAGAGAGGUCGACGAGAGGAGCAGCAGCGACAACAAAGCAUUCUUAAUGCACAGCGGCGGCAAUAUGAACGGCCCUUUGGUGCAAGUUUGAGUUCGCCAACAUUCAGUCAUCAAUCUGAUGAUUCUCGACCCGCCCAGAAUUACACAACUAACUCGGCGAUCCCACCACAGCAAUUUGCUUCUACUACCGCGCCAAUGCAAGCACCUGCACAACAGAUGCCACAUAGUCGAUUCCUGCCCCAGAUGCGUGCUCCCCCGCACAUAUCUAUGGAAAGACCUACGGGGACUGCCUCUGUCGAACAGAAGAAAGAUGACUAUCUAAAAUCAGAAAUUCGGUCAGCUGGGGUGCAUAAUGCGAUUGCACGUCCCCAGAGUCGAGCAUGUAUCUCCACUCCUGACGAACAGCGCUCGUUAGCUGCACCGGCCUUUUUUCAAACGAGCCCCCCGAGGGAACCGUAUACAUCGGCAUCCCGCAGUACACUGGAACCGCGUGCUCAAGCAAGUUCUACUAGUUAUACACGCCCUGGACCUGUGGCCCCAGUAAGAGCUCAAAUGACGAGUCCUAAUAUGCGCCCACAAAGCCUUCAUACAACUAUCGCUCCAAGUCUCUUGAGUAUAAUCAAUUUAACCUCAGAUGAUCCAAAGAGAGCGUCACAUCCUUCCAUCCCGACCAGGCAGGCCGCCACACCCAUCCCCGAUCAUCUAUCAGCCAAUCGGCAUGCCUCUCAUGCCUCUCAUGCCUCCUCUCAGUCGCCAAAUACUGCGUCUCCCGUGUUGCCGUCUGCUUCGGGAUCUUCUCGGCCACAAUCGAGCAGUCCAGCUCUCUCUCAGAUGAAAACUUUUUCCACGCCUGUUCAAGCUCCCAGUAUUGAGGUGUCUCUUGCGCUGCUUGCUAGCUCUCAGAGUCAACCACCGUCAUCUCAACCUUCUCCUGCACCCAUGGGUAUCUUCUCAGCUCGGCAAUGUACCGGUCCUCUUGGCCAGUACAAGUACCAAACCUCUCAUCCGACGAAAUUAGACUCGGUCUCUGCACCUGCGCCAUCCCCAUUACCAAAACCAACAAUUGGUACCGCACCUCAAUUGAGUAACUCCCAACGUCUAUCUCAGGCUCCAAAACCCGUGCCAAGCCCUCCUCCCAGCCAGUCAUGGAGUCCUGCUCGAGCUGCGCAAUCUGGGCCGCGGUUUUCGCAAGCCCCGCCUUCCAAAUCACGUCGAUUGAACAAUGGGACGAAAGUCAAAGUCCAACAAAUACCGCUUGGCCCCGUAGCUCAAAGAUUCAAAGCUGGCGAUUAUGUUCGAAAGUCCCCGUCUCAAUCACAUAUUCCUCUGAAGCCAGAUAUGAUUCAGCCCAUGAACAAUGCCGACGCGCUCAAGAAAUUCAGCUAUGAUCCAGCGACGAUUGCACACGACGUGUUGAUCAAUUGUGCCAAACAUCCUACAGAAAGAGCUCUUAAUGAACACAUGGAGGCUAUUCGGAACAAGUUCCCGGAGGUUGAUGCUUCUAAAGACUUGACUACUUUCCGUUGGGAUCUUGUGGAAGAAGCUCAAGCGAGUUUGGUUUCCCAAAAUCGGGAGACUGGGGCUGCGCCGCCAGUGUUUGCACCCCGGGUACUCCCACCGCCCGCCCCGAUCGGCCCCCCCCGUUCCAGUCACAAGGCCCCCGGUCACAGGGCCUCCUGGGCCUCCGGGGCCUCCGGAGCUGCCAGCACCAGCACCAGCACCAGUAUCAACAACUGCGACCUCACAACCGCCAGCAAAUGCUGCAGGUUUGCCGUGGGUUGA